AUGGGUUGGUUCAAUCGCAAAAUCGUCGUCGCCGACAGCGCCGUGACCUCGGCCGCGAGCCUCACCUUGAGGCAAUCCCUGGUACCAAAUGCCUUGGUCACAAUUCUAUUCUUCCUUUGGGGCUUUGCGUAUGGACUCCUUGAUGUGUUGAACUCCCAUUUCCAAAAGAGCCUUCACAUCGACUUUUCUCGAUCUUCCGGUCUUGCCUCCGCCUACUUCGGCGCAUACUUCAUCUGCCCGCCGACCAUUUCCGGAUGGAUCCUCCGCCGAUUCGGUUUCAGAAUCACCUUCAUGACGGGUCUAUCCGUGCUCGCUGUCGGAUGCCUCCUGUUCUGGCCCUCGGGUGUUAAGAAGUCCUUCGGCGGUUUCUGCGGCAGCAUGUUUGUCGUCGGUGCGGGUCUUUCAACUCUCGAAACUGCCGCCGAUCCAUUUCUGUCGAUCUGUGGUCCGCCGAAGUACUCUGAGAUUCGACUCAAUCUUGCUCAGGCUAUUCAAGGUGUUGGUGCUUUCGUCGCGCCGCUCCUUGCCUCCCGCGUCUUCUUCGCCCACACCAUCGACACCGACCAGGGUCUCAAGAACGUACAAUGGGUCUAUCUCGGCGUCGCCUGCUUCGUCGGUCUUCUUAUCAUCCUCUUCUUCCUCGCGCCCAUGCCUGAAAUCACCAACGCCGACAUGGACGCUCAGGAGAAUGCCAUUGGCGAAGUAGAUCCUGGUCCGUUCCGCAAGCAGUACAACCUCUUCCUCGCCGUGUGGUCGCAGUUUUGCUACGUGGGUGCUCAGGUUGCUGUAGCUAACUACUUCAUUCCCUUCGCCGCCCAGACCGGCCGGAGUGAUGCCACAUCAUCCGACCUCUUUGCCAUCGCCCAGGGCCUCUAUGCACUAAACCGCUUCAUCGCCGGCGGCCUCAUGACGAUCCCCGCCGUCAAGCCCCGCUACGUCCUGGCCAUCUAUCUUGGCCUCUGCUUCGUCUUCAUCGUAGCCGCCAUGACCACCACCGGCACCACUUCCAUCGUCAUGCUUACCCUCGUCCUCUGCUUCGAGUCGGCCUGUUUCGCCACCAUCUUCACCCUCGGGCUGCGCGGUCUCGGCAGGCACACAAAGUUUGGCGGUUCGCUCCUCGUUGCGGCCAUUUCGGGCGGUAUGGUGUUCCCUCCUAUGACUGGUGCUGUGACGGAUAGGAAGGGGGCUCAUACUGCGAUGGCUAUUCCUAUGAUGGGGUUCAUUCUCGCCUGGGUUUAUCCUCUCUACGUCAACGUUUGGAAUCGGGAGAUCAUGGACACCCACCGAGCGACCAAUUUUGGUAUUGAGGGGAAGGAAGAUAUUCAAGGCAAGAUGGAGAGUCAGAAUGAUACUGUACCAGGCAAGGCGGAUGUCGCUAUGAAUGAGAUAGCGCCAACCAAGUCAUCAUCCUAA